GAGGAGUGGGCCUGGGCGGCCGCCGGAAGACAACAGGGAGGUGGGCGGCCCUGGGCGGGCGGAGCUCUCCAGCCGUGCAGGCCCUGGGGCUCCGGCCGCUCACUCUCACUCGUGAAGCCCAGGAGUGGCUGAAAUCCAAGCUGGGGUAACGAAAGGCAGCCGCUGUCCCUAAGCCGGCACAGCUCUGAUCCGCCCUCCCACCCGCCCUCCGCUGCCCACGGGCCAUGUGAGAACGGCCCCGGGGGCCCCGCAGCCGCUGGUCAGAGGGCAGCGGGUCCAUGACGCCGGCCAGGCCUCCGGGGGAACUCGGGGGCCGUGAGCACGCAGAGAGAGCUUCCCGGGCCCCUCGGGGGCGGGGGGCGCCGAGGGCCAGCCCCGAAGAUGCCCACCAACGGCCUGCACCAGGUGCUGAAGAUCCAGUUCGGCCUGGUCAACGACACCGACCGCUACCUGACAGCCGAGAGCUUCGGCUUCAAGGUCAACGCCUCGGCACCCAGCCUCAAGCGGAAGCAGAUGUGGGUGCUGGAGCCUGACCCGGGGCAGGGCCCGGCCGUGCUGCUCCGCAGCAGCCACCUGGGCCGCUACCUGUCAGCCGAGGAGGACGGGCGCGUGGCCUGCGAGGCGGAGCGGCCGGGUCGCGACUGCCGCUUCCUGGUCCUGCCGCAGCCCGACGGGCGCUGGGUGCUGCGGUCGGAGCCCCACGGCCGCUUCUUCGGUGGCACCGAGGACCGGCUGUCCUGCUUCGCCACGGCCAUCUCCCCGGCCGAGCUGUGGACCGUACACCUGGCCAUCCACCCGCAGGCUCACCUGCUGAGCGUCAGCCGGAGGCGCUACGUGCACCUGUGCCCGCAGGAGGACGAGAUGGUGGCGGACAGCGACACGCCGUGGGGCGUGGGCGCGCUCAUCACCCUCAUCUUCCAGAACCGGCAGUACUGCCUCAGGUCCUGUGACAGCCGCUACCUGCGCAGCGACGGCCGCCUCGUGGGGGAGCCCGAGCCCCGAGCCCGCUACACGCUGGAGUUCAAGGCGGGCAAGCUGGCCUUCAAGGACUGUGAUGGCCGCUACCUGGCGCCCGUGGGCCCCACUGCCACGCUUAGGGCGGGUCGCAACUCGAGGCCCGGCAAGGACGAGCUCUUCGACCUGGAGGAGAGUCACCCGCAGGUGGUGCUGGUGGCCGCCAACCACCGCUACGUGUCCGUGCGGCAAGGGGUCAACGUCUCAGCCAACCAAGACGAGGAACUGCAUCAUGAGACCUUCCUGAUGCAAAUUGACCAGGAGACAAAGAAGUGUACCUUCUAUUCCAGCACGGGGGGCUACUGGACCCUGGUCACCCAUGGGGGCAUCCAGGCCACGGCCACACAAGUCUCGGCCAGCACCAUGUUUGAGGUGGAGUGGCGCGGCCGGCGGGUGGCACUCAAGGCUAGCAAUGGGCGCUACGUGUGCAUGAAGAAGAAUGGGCAGCUGGCGGCCACCAGCGAUUUUGUGGGUGAGGACGAGGAGUUCAUUCUCAAGCUCAUCAACCGCCCCAUCCUCGUGCUGCGGGGCCUGGACGGCUUCGUCUGCCACCGUCGUGGCUCCAACCAGCUGGACACCAACCGCUCGGUCUACGACGUCUUCCGCCUGAGCUUCAGCGACGGCGCCUACCACAUCCGAGGCCGUGGCGGCGGCUUCUGGUACACCGGCAGCCACGGCAGCGUGUGCAGCGACGGCGAGCGCGCCGAGGACUUCCUCUUCGAGUUCCGCGAGCGCGGCCGCCUGGCCAUCCGCACCCGGAGCGGCAAGUACCUGCGCGGCGGCGCCUCGGGGCUGCUGCGCGCGGACGCGGACGCUCCCGCCGGGGUCGCGCUCUGGGAGUACUGAGCGGGCGGCCGGCCCGUCCCCCAUUAAACCGUGUCUGUGUCGCA